AAAAGUACGUACAUAUCUGUAUAUAUUGGAAAGGAAGACAACUGAGCAGUUAUAAUCUUAUGUACACACAUACAUAAAAAAUAAAAAGUAAUAACAGCAAUAUGUCGAACAAAAUUCAAGUCUCCCUUCCUGAGGAGGAAUUGGAUUGGAUUCAAUUACGCCAAGACCUGGGACCUGUUAUCGAGGUAGAAACAACGAAGGAAAAGCUUCAGCGCAAGAUAAAAGAGAACCCGCUGGUUCCUCUGGGGUGCCUGGCGACCACUGCGGCUCUCACAGCUGGUUUAUACAACUUUCGCACUGGAAAUCGCAAGAUGUCGCAGCUGAUGAUGCGCACUCGAAUCGCGGCUCAGGGGUUUACCGUUUUUGCUCUGAUUGUCGGCGUCGUUAUGACUUACACCGACAAAAAAUAGCACUUUUAUAAUGUUAUGAACCAAAAUAUAUAGGUUGAAUUUAAAUUCUGUUUCGUUAUUCUAGCACGUUACAAAAGUUACCACCUACGAAUACUAACUUAUAUAUGUAAAUGUAUAAAUAUAUGUUAACUUUAUAUAUAUAGUUUCUAAAAGAUACCAACAAAUCUUACUUUUGCAAUGUGUCGAUUAUAAUAUGGGUACUUUAUAGUUCGUGCUGUGAUUAACCAAUAGGUUUUAAGAGUUAUACAAAACAAGCACAUUAAUAAAUUGCAUAAAUCACCAAUUAGUUUGACACUCAAAAUGUCUCCAACUUAUACUUGA